UGGAGGUGUCGGACUGCAAGGGGCGGUGUCUCAUCCAGUAGGUGCAGGUUUGGACUUUUAUUUUUAGGAAACAAGGAUAUCUUCCCGUACAUUAACGUUAGUCUACCGAAGAUUUCAACGUCGUCUUGUUGUUUUCGACCGACUUAGCAGGAUAAGCGAGGCAAUAACGAAUUAAUUCAACGGCAGCAUAUUGAUUGCAUCGAAUCUGAACGGUACUGUGAAAUUGCUUUAUGAAGUUCAAAUUCUGGAUAAGAUCGGAGAAAUAGGCUAUGGUUAAUUUAUAGAGUUAUACCAUAGUCUGAACCAGAAUAUGAGUCGCAAAUAGCCUAUAUCUAGUCAUAUUCAUUCUAAUAAUAACAUUCAGAGAUUUCUUUUUAGAAGAAGCCCUGCCAAAGUUGGCUAAGCUAUUACGCGGGGUUCUCAAUCCUCAUCUGCUAUUGUCUAAUUUCAUUAGAACUGUAGCCUACACCAAAGCAGGACAGCAGGAUGGAACGUUUGAAAUUGGUGCUGCAAUACUUCCAGUCAAACUCAGAGUCCAUUUCAAACGGAAUCUGUGUCAUACUCGCCUUGAUUAGCGUGAAGUUAUACACUAGUUUCGACUUUAACUGCCCUUGCAUUCCGCAAUAUAACAAAAUGUAUGCCCUGGGUGUAAUGUUUGUACCGCCGAUAAUAUUAUUUUUAUUGGGGAUCUUAAUAAAUCGGCACACGGGGGUAAUGCUGGAGGAAUGGCUGAGACCAGUUGGGAAGAGGACAAAAAAUCCAGCGGUUGUCAAGUACUUGUUUUCCGCCAUGAUGCAGAGGGCGAUGCUCGCUCCUAUGGUCUGGAUCUUGGUGACCCUCCUGGAUGGGAAGUGCUUCAUCUGUGCUUUCAGCAUGAGUGUGGACCCCAAAUACUUCUCAGGCAUACCCAACAACACUGGCAUGGAGCUGGUCAAGAUCCUGGCCAAGGUGCCCUGCAAGGAGGACAUCAUCUUCAGGAACAACACCUUCCGCAAAGCCGUCUCACGCUACGUGCGCUGCUACUCGCAGGCCAUUGGCUGGUCUAUCCUCCUCGUCCUCAUCCUCCUGGGUGCGGUGGGUCGCGUCAUCAAGCCCUGCUUCAACCAUGCCAACUUCCUGCAGACGCGCUACUGGAGCAACUACCUGGACAUCGAGCAGAAGCUCUUCGACGAGACCUGCAUCCUUCAUGCCCGCGUCUUCGCCCGCAAGUGCGUUGUGCAGUUCUUCGAGGGCAUGCGCGAGGACGUGUGGCUGAGGCUGCCCCGCCCGCCCGUCAGGACCAGGGAGGAAAAGGAGGAGGAGGAAGAGGAGCACGAGCGCCUGCACGGCAUCACCAGGCAUGACCAGGUGGACCACAUCCUCAACACCUGGUACGCCUACAAGCCGGAGCUGGACGUGACCAAGAUCGCGUACCGGCCCAAAGUCUACAUCACCUGGGAGGACAAGGAAGGAAGGGCCUUGUACUCCGAUGUGUAGGAUCAAAACAGAACCUUUGAAAAAAGCUAGUUCCUUUUUUUUAGCAGUAAAGCCAUAGCAUUGGUUUCAUUAGUACUAGAUGCUAUAGAAACAUUUUCUUCAACCUUAUUCUCUUUAUGAUUUAACUGAGCCUUUGGCCUGUUUACUGUACGAGAGCUGUAAAUAUGAAAUGUUUGUCUUUCAUCAGAAGCUUUGAAAAUCAGCCCCACUGCAGCUAAAAAGAUGCUUGUACAAAGAUGGAUGAUCUGCCCUGGUCUCAUUAGGGAAAUGUCUUUCUCCAAAUUGUCUACAUAGAGACAUCAGUUGCUCGGAUACAUAGAGUUAAUUACAGAAUGUUGGAUGCCUGGCAUUCAGCAGCUGCUGCUGUAGGAUUUUUGUUAUGAUUGCGGGUGGUUUGAUUUGUUAUUUGUGUUGUCCUUUAACUGUGUCCCAUGG